UAGCUUUUGCGCAGUUAACGGUGUGCAGUUGGCAACGGCGCCCAUUUCUCCUGUUUUGUGAACGAAUAACGAAUGCCGGUUGUCGACCAUCAUUCGAUCUUUGUCAAUAAUUUUGUGGUGCUAGGUGGCAAAAUAAUUUUAAUUUUCCAAACAUCUGGGUUAUUCUCGAACCACAAUAACACAUUCUUAUGACCUCAUGAUGAAUUUGAGCGAAUGGAGGCCUCAGGAGAGCAUAAUAAAAAACAUCGAAGAGACUUUGCAGUUAGCAUUAGUACCAAACAGCGAUGCUCAGAAAACUGUUCAGGACAGGCUAAUUCUUAUGAAAAGUUUGACAGACUUCCCAAAUUAUCUGUUAUUCAUUUUGGGGAAUCCAAGUUUUUCCGAAGAUAUCAGAUCCCUUGCUGGAAUUGUACUGAAAAAUAACAUCCAAACAUCACAUGCUACGUUGAGUGCCGAAUAUUUACUAAAAAUUAAAAGUGAAUGUCUUCGCCUAUUGAAAGAUCCUUCAAGGGAAGUAAGAAUCAGUAUCAGUAACAUCAUUGUGAUAAUCGCUAAAGAUAACCUAAAAACUUGGCCAGAAAUAGUUCCUUACCUAACUAAAGGAUUUGUCGCUCAAGACGAAUUCAGUGAGGUAGCAUUAACAACAUUAUUUAAAGUGUGUGAAGAAUUAAUCAACAGUCAAAAACCCCAAGAUGAAAUUUACAAGAUAACCAAAGAAGUUUUUCCAAAAUUUGUAGAAUUUGUGGGACUAGAAAAAUGUAACGUUCGUCAAAAUAUAGUGAGACUUACCAAUCAGUUUCUUCAAGAUUAUUUUUUGGUGAUGAAGCAAUCCAUUGACUUAGGAAUAUAUUUACGCCAUGUUAUGCAGCUAGCUAACUCGGAAGACCUGGAAAUACAAAAAUGUGUGUGCCAUACCUUUGUUAUUUAUAUUGACAAUCACGAAGAGACACUGUUGCCCCAUCUGCAUGAUAUAAUAUGUUAUUUAUUAGAAAAGUGCUAUCACCAAGAUCAAGAUGUAGCUUUGCAAGCAUGUGAGUUUUGGUUAGCUUCAACUAAAAUUAAUACAUGUAAGGAUAUUCUUACACCGUACAUUGAAAAACUACUUCCGACUCUCUUAAAAAACAUGCGCUAUUCUGAUACUGAAUUAAAUAUGAUUAAAGAUAGCUUGGGUUCCGAUGCAAAUAAGAAGGAUCUAUCAAAGGACAUUUCUCCAUUUCAUUUUAGGGACAGAAAUAAUUCAGCUGAAGGAGAAGAGUACUACAGCGAUGAAGAGGGUGAAGACCAAAGUGAUGAUUUUGAUGAUUUCUAUGUUGGAUGGACAUUGAGAAAGUGCAGUGCAGCUUCCUUAGACUCUAUAGCGGUAAAGUUUGGUGAUGAAAUACUUCCCCUUCUUAUUCCUCUUAUUAGUGAAAUGUUACAGAAUCCUGAUCAUUUGAUUAAAGAAUCAGCCAUAUUAGCGUUAGGUGCGAUUGCAGAAGGUUGUUUCAAUGGUUUAAAAUCGGAGCUGCCAGAACUUGUUCAAUUUUUAAUACAUUGCAUGAAUGAUGAGCAUUCUGUUGUGAGAGUUAUUACGUGUUGGACAUUGAGUAGGUAUGUGUCUUGGAUUGUGAAUGUUAGAGCAGAUAACCCAGAAGAAUAUUUUGUACCUGUGAUGACUAUACUGUUAAAACAUUUUGUCGAUGAGAAUAAAAGGGUGCAGAGAGCUGCCAUCUCUGCUUUUUGUAUAUUUCAGGAAGAAGCUCAGUUAAAAUUAAUUCCUUACAUAGAUUUUAUUUUGGAAGGUUUUAAAUAUGGAUUUGACCAAUUUCAUUGCCGUAGUUUGUAUUUGCUAUAUGAUGCUAUAGGAGUUUUGGCGCAGUCUGUUGGUAAUAAUUUAAGUAAAGAGGAUCAUGUCAAUAAGUUACUUCCACCUUUGAUGAACAAAUUUACUGAACUCAAGAAUUUCUAUGAUGACCAUUUUAUUGCAGUAUUGGAAUGUUUGUCUAACGUUAUACCUGCUUUGGAAGCAUCGUUUGUACCUUAUUCUGAAAUUGUUUAUUGGCAUUGUUUACAACUUAUUAAUGACACCCUAAUUGCUUCAGUUAAUUAUCAACAGAAUCCAAAUGAAUAUGAUCCACCAGACAAGGAACCUAUGAAUGUAGCUCAUGAUGUUUUGUACAGUAUGGCUCUAGGAUUAAAAACAUAUUUUGUGAAAUAUGUUACAAACAGUAAUCUUAUAUAUUUGCUGUACACUACAAUGCAAGACAGUUCGAAUUUAAUCAGACAAACUUCUAUUGCUCUGUAUGGAGAGCUAAUAGCAUUGUGUUAUCCAUUUUUAGCUUCUAGUGUCAAUGAGUACAUUCCAUUGAUUAUUAAAAAUCUAGAUGAACAUACUGAUGGGGUCUGUAAUAAUGCUGCUUGGGUGAUUGGAAAGUUGUGUGCUGUGAUGGGCAAUGCAAUCCAACCUUUCCUUCCAGAAAUCCUUAAUGCCUUUGUUCAUAUAUUAAGAACACCAGCUGUAGCUCGUACCAUGCACAAAACUGUAGCUAUUUCCUUAUGCAUCGUAUUCUAUGUGUGCCCCGAUGUGACUAUUCCAGAAAUGGAUGUGAUUGUUAAGAAUUGCUGUAUGUUAGUGAGAAAUGUUAGGGAUUCAGAUGAGAAGGAUCUUGCUUUUCGAGGCUUGUGUGAGGUGAUUAUAAGGCAUCCAGAAUUCAACAAGAACUACUUCAUCUUCUUUUGUGAUGCUGCAGCUUCCUGGAUCAAUAUCCGUGUAGAUUUGAAGCAGACAAUUCGCAAUGUUCUAUUGGCAUUUAAACAACAAUGUGGUGAGGAUAACUGGCACCAAUUUUAUUGUCAGUUUCCUGAAGCUCUUAAACUUAAACUUCAAGAGUUAUAUGGGGUAUGAAAUAAACAAUCUACAAAAAACGGGGAAUUCGACAUAUGGGUGGGAAAGCUUGAGUGCACCUGCCUUGAGUUUAUCGCGUAAUAGUAUUUAAAUAUCGUCCGUGAGGGAGGGGCGUCUUGCCGGUAUCUUAGAGUCACGCGUUAAUAAAAAAAUCGAGAAGGAUUUUUUUAGACAGAUUAAUUUUUUUGUUUUAUGGGUAGUUUCUUAGUAAAUCAACUAAAUAAUGUUUAUUUAAUUAUUUUUAAGAUAUUUUAUAACAAAUAUGGUAAUUUACAUUGUGUAAGUGUUUUUAUUUAACAAUUUCUUUGUCACAGAAUUGUACAUUUAAGACUUGAAUUAAUUAAUUCAUCUUUAGGUAAAUAAAGGGAGACAUAUUGCCAUUUUAGUUUUCUUUUUUAACAUCUGAUAAUGCUUUAAGUACUUUUACACGUCACUGUGGAUGUAUUUCAUUUAUAGAUUGAAACAUUUUUCACUUUUCUGUGUUCAGGUUUACUGACUUUAUCAUUGUGUUUCAAAUAACUGGCCUUAAAAGGACUUCAAAGAACCUUAAAACAUUUUGAAAAACAAAGUGUGUGAACAGUUAAUUUUUAAGUGUGAAUAUUAGUCUUUUUGUUCGCACUAUUAAAAAUUUUGUAUUACAAAUAUAGGAUUAUUUUUCUGUUCGUUAAUUUAUGAGAAGAGCUAAAACAUGAUUUUAGCUUACCUGUCUCUGUCUGUGAUAGUACCUAUCUAUAUUGUACAUUAUUUGUUAUAGCUUUAUCAAGUUUUCUAGUCAAUAUUUAUUAUUCACUUAUUAAAUGUUUCUAUUGUUCUCUAUUUUAACCAUAUUUGUAGCCUCAUUUUGAACUUUCUCCUAUAUUUGAUAAUCUUAUCUUCAAAAUAUUUACAUUUCGUCGAAACAGUUUUGUAGGUAUUAAUUUUUCACAUUCAGUAUGAGUAAUAAUCAUAAAAAGUAUAGGUAAAAUGGUAUUAAGUUUUUAACGUUACAUUUAAAAUUGAUGUAAAAUUCUGUUGUAAAAUGACUUGUUGAUAAUUACACUAUGUUCUGUUUAAGUCAAAAAGUUAAAAGACUGCUAAAAUUAGUUACUUUUAGUAAAAGACUGAUGUAUAUUUUAUUAACAAUUCCAUUCUCCAAGUGCCUUCUCUUUCAUGAAGGCUUGUCGAGUCUUUCAUGAUAUUCUAAUUCUGGUUGAAUUUUUUCAACGUAAAUCAUUCAAAUUAUACCACCAGUAGAAAUUUUUCUACAUGUUGAUUCUCUUCUUAUUGUAUUACUGUAAGUAGGAGCAAUCUUCUAAAAGCUAAUGAAUGUUUUCUACUUUUAACCCAUUUCUAAUCGCUCUUUUAUAUAUUUAGUGAAGGUCAUUUGACUGAAUUUCUUACAAAUAAGGACAUUCAAAUACUGAUUCAACUUCUUCCUUGUUAUAAUAUGAUAUAAAUUUUGGAGUCUUCAACUUCAUGUGAUUCUGAGGUUCCUCAAAUAUCACUUCCAUAUUUUAAAAGUAGUUGUAGGUAUUUACUAUUUAUAUAAUUUAAUAUUGUGGACUUUCAAUUCUCUAACUAAAUGAUCUGUAUUCCUUAUUAGUGUUAAGAUUUUUAUAUCAAGUAUUUUCUAAUAGGUAAGUAUCUAAUAACCUUGUAUUUUUAUAAUACUCAAAAUAUUUUUUAAAACUCUUGCCACAUAGAAAGUUACUUUGUGUCGUUAAGAUGUGAAAUAUUUUUGAAAGACCUCCAAAAUUUGCUCAAAUUUCAUAAUAAACACCUUUCCUCAUACUCUUAUAUUUCCUUCACUUCAAAAACAUUGGAUUAUUCAUGGUAUGAAGAACAUAUUUCUUCAUCGUAGAUUUAUACUUAUCAAAAUCUGUUAUUUACUUGAAUCAAGUAAGUACUUACUUAUAUCUUAAAAAAAAUUGACUCACUAGGACAUAGCUACAUUUGAUAGAUUGUCAUAUUUGUUUGUUUAAAACUUUUUUAUUAUUAAUUCUUAAUGUCAUAUAUCUUGAAUUAAUGGACGAACUUUUAUGCUACAAAACUGUAAAUCUUGACAUAUUAUACAAUUAUGAAGAUCUAUUAACAAUAGAUCUUUUAUAUAAAUUCUAUAUAAGGGAUUUUUGUAAUUUAUUAGAUCUUCUAUAGUUUUCUACAAAUAUAUCUAAUAUAUUCCAACACUUUAUUUCACAAGUUUGAGAUUAAUGGUGUCAUAAUAAGCGUCAUUGUUACUAUUGCAGGAAGAUUUUUUUUCUCUAGAUUCUAGAUUUAUAAUAAAACAACACUAUUUUUAAUAUUCAUAGAAUUUUCCUUUUGCUAAAACAUCAACUUCCUUUGCUUACUCCAUGGUGGUACAACUUUUAGUGGGUUUUAGCUGACUGGACAACAUGCCUCCUUUCCUGUCUGUCUUGUGCAAUCUCCAUCCAAUUCUCCACACCCGAUAGCUUUAAAGUCUCCUGCUAUAUUAUCUCGCCACCAGAGUCGAGGUCUUCUUCCAACUGAAACUUCUUCCCAUACAGCUGUACUAGUCUUUUGUCCAAAUGUCUUCUGAGGUGUCCAGUCUAUUGGAGUCUUCUGGAUUUUAUUUCUUUUACUAUGUUGGGUCUGGAUAUAGUUAUUCGAGCCCUUUGGUAGUUUUUAACCUAUAUUGUCUUGAUUGUUUCCAUCAAGCACAGCUCCAAAAAUCUUUGUUAGGAUUUUACUUUCCCAAACAUGGAGUUACUAUUAUUUUGAUUAGGAUUUUUAUGAUCCAAAGAUUUUUCAAAUUUUUCAAUUGAUAACAUGUGGCACACAAAAUGCAUUUGUUAAAAUAUAUGUUUACAUUUUUUUCUAUCUAUAAUAUUCCAUUUGCCCUUUAAAUAUUGUCUGAUACUGACUUGUGCUUCAGGUCUUUUGUGGUUGAUCUUUUAUUAUGAAUAUAUAUCUUCUUUAACCUUUACUGGUGGUUGAUUUGCUUUGUACUAUUUUGUUCAAAAUGAAUAUCAUUAGUAAAUUUUAGAUAUCUCAGAAACUUGAUGUUAAUAUUAAUAGGUACUGUAAAGUUAUUAUAUCUUCUUCAUGUACUGUGCUCGAUUAUCAAGCGUUGGCUAUAGUAAUUUUGUUAACGGCAGCUCGGAAAAGGGAUGCAGAAGAUCUGUUAAACCAUUCUCUCAGGUUUCUAAGCCAUGACUGUCUUCUUCAACCUGACCUGUCUCUUCCAUCUACCUUAUCUUGUAUUAUCAAAUGGAGUACAUAUAUUAUAUUUCUCUGAGUGUAAUCACUUUCGGAAAAAACUCGCUUUAUUAAAUUUCUCUUUAGCGCAACUUGAUUGGUUUUUGCAUAGCUCAUGUAUUUAGCCGAUUUGCUAGAUACUGAUUUAUAUGCGAUAUAAUUUUUUCUUGCUACAUGACUGUUAUUAAGUGAAAUAUUAGAUUUUUCUGCUAUUUCGUUUUUGAAAUUUUCAUUUUUUUUUGUAAAUACAGCUUACCGAGAACUUGUUAUUUGUCAAAAUUUGCUGUAAAACCAUUUUGAUUACUAUUAUGAAAUACUCUGAUCAUUAAUGGUAGACUAUACACAGUAAAGGGUGUUUGUGAAGGUAUUAUUAAACAAUAUCAUCCCUAAUUUGAAGUAUUCGAUCCCCAUUUAUCACAAUUUAUUUCAUUAUAAUUUCCAUACUUAACUAUAAUCAAAGUGUAUUGAUUAGUUAAUGCCAUCCAUUAGCAUAUCUUGUUGGUAUUUAAAGCUUAUUAUCUUUAUUUUAGUCUCUAUAGGCACUUUGGUCUAGAAAGUUUUAGCUUCUCAUUUUUUAUGUGUAUUUUGGAUAUAUCAAUAUUCGAAUUAGUUUUAUUACUAUUGUAAAUUGUAUUUUAUAUUGGUUUCAUGUAUUUUUGUGUUUAUUUAAUGCUUGUAGAUUUUAAAUUUACAGAAUGGUGAUUUGACCUUGUAGACCACUGUGACUUGCAAGAUCUUUUAUGUAUAACAUAUCUUUGUAUUAGUCCAAAAGAUGUAUACAUUUGGAGCUGCAUUUGUUACCUGAUCAGGCACUACUUAAAAGAACAAUAGUGAUGUCAUCACUGAACAACUAGCUUCAGUUGCAUAUGUUUCCCUCUACAUUUUCAUAAAAUCUGAAUUUUGAUCUGUCCACUUUAAUCAUUUGGCAGAGAUAAUAUCAUGAGUUAACAGUGUCCAGUGAUAAUACCUGUGAUUACCUCUGAGAGACCUUUUUGCUUGCCCUUGACCUGGAAUAUUUUCCCAGUAAGCUGCACUUCUUCCUUGGUAAUCAGUUAAAAUUAAUUUUGUUAUCUACCCAAUCCUUCUUUUGUGUUACUGUACACACAUGAUUAAAUAAAUGUGCUGUUUAAGAAUUCUUCUAACUUAUUUUUAGGCAUUUGAACAUUUUCUCAUUUACUAGAGUCUAAAUAUUUAAUAGAUUAACACUGAUUAUCAACUAGUUCAUGUUUGCAACUGUCUGAACAUACGUGUUAUGGUUAUAGUAUAUUUUGGGCAUUGCAAAUUGUCGCUGUUGUCGAUCUGUAAGUUUUCUGUUGUUUUAUGUUGUAAAUAUUCUAUUAACUCUCUUUUCCAUCAUUCUUAUUUUAGAAUGUGAUGGUAGAUAUAUGUGAUACAUCCAUGUCACAUUGCAAAUUUUGUUUUGUCAUUAGUUCUAAUGUCUAGUUGAUAGUUUCCUAAUAUUUCUGUGCAUUGGGCUAGCCUUUUUUAAUUAUCAGUCUUUGAAUACUGAUUCAAACAAUAAUUUUCUAUAAAUUACAUAAAAUUAAUUAACAACAAUAAUUGUAUGACAUCUAAUAUUAUAUAAAUUAAUAGGUAAUAAUUGCUCUUGGGUAGAAACACCCUAGAAAAGCAUUAAUUUGUUAUAUAUGACAUUAUUUUUUGAAUAUCUAUUUCAGCACAUAAUUGGAACAGCCUUCCCUUUCUAUUUGCUUUAAAGAUUGCAAACAAAUGCCUAAGCAUUUAUAACUUUCUUGUGGUUGUUAGUUUUCUUCACACUCAUCCCAAUAAAGUGAAAUCAAAUCACGUUAAUUACUUCAGGAGUGUUUUACGUUUCCUAGCACAGUUAUGUUGUUACAGCCACAUACGUACUUAAAUAACGCUGGAGAUUAUUCUGAUGUUUCAUAGAUACCGGCUCCUACCCCUUCCUGGCCCAAAUACCAUGCUGAGCCUGCCUCCAGUCCUCCUGUGGUACUAGUGGUUUGUGAUAUUUCAUGUGUAUGCAUUCAGAGCUGUGCGUCUAUAAAUUCAUAAAAACAUAUCAAAAAAAAUGUUUUUGCUAAAAAUAAGCAAUUUUCAUUUAUGUAUAUCCUAAUAUUUUAAAUGUUAAACAAAUAUAAAAAAAAAUAUAAAUUUUUAUGACAAAUUUUUGUCAUGAAUAUAUUUUGAGCCAUAUAGGUUUAUUUAUAAUUCAGAGUUUUUGAUGUAUUAGAUAAUCCACUAUAUUGAGAAACAUGGCAUUGCAAGUUUUAUACAGGAUGGUAUAUAAAUUUUAAUAUUACAUGCUUGUGUGAAUAUUGCAAAAGAUAGGUUUCAAACUAAUAACUCCUACAUGGCUUAGAAGAACAUUUUAAAAAAUAUUUUGCUAAAUUCAGAGUUUCCUCUGAAUAUGCAUUUCUUCUGAAAUGCUCUGCUAGUGUAUUUUAGUUUAGUAUCUGACUAGAAUCAUAUCUCAAAACUUUUGAUAUUUUUUGUUGUUCUGUUUAAUAUUCUAGAAUAUUCUAGGCUUUUAUUUGUAGAGAAGGUUUUUAUUUUGAUUGUCGAAGAAUUUUUCAUUUUAAUGAAAAUGUUUCUUCUUGAGUAUGUAAUGAGUGCCUAUCUGUAGCAAAUGUUGGCGAUCAUCAUGACAAUCUGUUAUCUUAUGCAGCUGCUCGAAAAAGCUGCACAUUUGUUGUGUUGAACCAAGUUCUGGCUUCUUUAACCAGGAUGUUCUUUCUGGACCUUGCUUUCCAAAUAUUUUUCCCUGUAGGAGGGCACAUCUGAAUACAUACAGUGUGUUUGAAGUAUUGCUACUUUCAAGAUUGGAUGGUUGUAGUAUUGUAACUUUCGAGAUUUGAUGGUAGUCAGUAUCUCUCGGUUCUUCCCCAUUUUUCUGAGGACCUUCUUUAUCUGUGACUCGGUUAGUCCAUGGGAUCUUAAGUAUUCUUUGAUAUAGUCACAUCUCAAAUGCUUCCAGUCUUCUGCACAUAUCUUCAUUCAAGGUCUACGUUUCAAUGCCAUAAGAAAGAACAGACAAGACGUAGCAUUGCAGUAUUCUUAUUUUUAUACCAAGAGAGAGGUGGAUCUAGCUUAUCUCCUUAUUGCUGGUCCAUUCUUCAUUUAUUAUGGUGCCGAGGUAGUUGUAGUGCACCACUCCUUGUAUUGAGGUUUGGUGUUGAUGUAGAGUUGACCUUAUGUUAUCGUUUUCUUGCUAAUUAUCAUGAGCUUUAUCUUCUUUAACUUUGUUGAGGCCAUAUUGUCUAUAAUACGUAAUUUCGUUCAUAAAGACUUAUAUGUCUUCUAGGUUGAUCACAAAUACUAUGGUGUCAUCUGCAUAUUUGAUGUAUUAUGAAAGUGGUCCUGGCAAUUAUUAUAUGAAUUUUUAUUUAAUUCGUUUAUUGUAGUUCUCAAAUGAAGGUGAUUUGUUACUUUUCUGAUUGUAGCAACAUUUAUACUAAUGUGUAUGUUAUAAUAUUGUAAGUAUUAUUGCAUAAUGUAUUUUAUGCCAUAACUGUUUCAGGUAGUAUUCAUAAUAUAACAUUCCUCUUGACUAUUAUUCCUUCGCUUGCUUGCAAAAAUAUUCCUGGCAGAUUGUUUUCACCAUAAACAGUAAAGAGCAAUGGUAAUGCUAUGCAUUUCUGUCACUCUCCUUUAAGUAUUCCUAGUUAUUGGGAUAUCCGAACGUUUAUUUUACUUUUUGAUUUUAAUAAAUAUUCAGAAUUAUAGCACAGGUCGUUAUUAUCUAUGUUCUUACUUUCUCUCACUAUGUACUAUGUACUUACUAGAAAUUCUUCUCUCAGUUUAUUCUGGUAUAGGUACUCUUAUCGUACACUUUUUCAAUUUUAGCAAGAUAUGUCAUAUUUAAUAAUUUAUACCCAAAUAUCUUGUAUUAACAUCUUCGAACGGAGGAGGGCAUUUCUAAUAGCCAGUCAUUUUUUGAAUCUUAUCUAUGUGCAACUCAUAUCGAUUUCUAUUUAAAUUUAUUAUCAGUUCUAUGUCGAUAUUUGAUAUAGGUUAUAGAUGAUUUUUCAAAAUAUCUUUGAAAACAAAAAUUAGAAUGAUUUAAUGACAUCAAAGGCAUCUUGGUAUGAUAUUAUCGAAACAAGUAUACUACACUGGUCACUGCGUUCCUUGCAUUGUAUCAUAUGCUUUGUACUCUGUGUACAAUAUUAUAAUAUUAGUACCAUCUACUUACUUAUAAAAGAAAGAAAAAAACAGAAAUAUAUAUUCUUUUUGUACGACAUGGUGUAGUCUGGAUAUCAACAUUCCAGUUCUUGUGAUGUUGAUGUCUAGCUGUCAUACCACCUCUUUGGCGUCUUUCUAGUGGUCUUUUUGUGUUGGGUUUAUGUGUUUUUGUCCAUUUCGAGAUUCUUCUUGGGUUCAUUACAUCUGAUGGGACUCUUACUUGGGUAUAACUAUUGAUUGGAUCUUUUCGUAUGUUAUUAACAUGUUUAACUUGUGUAUUGCUAUAUUGAAUCUGUAAAGUGUAUUGAAUAUAAAUAUAUAAGAAUAGAAAAUAUUUUUCAAACAUGUUCCGAAUCCAUGUAGAACUUACAGAAAAUAUAUAUUUUACCACUUCCUCGUUCGCACCACCAUCCGAAGACUAAAACGUUGCACAACCAUCUCAGUAUAAAAUGGAUUUAAACUCGUUAACAAUUCAAAAAAUUGUGUGCAUUACAGAAUGUUCAGUUAAUUGUGGUUUGAACAUAUCCAAUUAUAAGGCUGUAUCCAUUGUUUCAUAUAUUAUAACUAAUGUCAGAAUGAAAUGAUUUCUUUUGGACAUUUGGACUUCGUAAAGAUAAAGUCACAUUUUUAGUUGAUUUCAUGAGAAACUACCCAAAUAACCGCGUAAUAUUUCCGUACAUCUUCCGCGGGGGAGGGGCGUUUGCUAAAAUAAAAUAAUAGAGUCACGCGUUCGGAAAAUCGUGAGAUUUGUUAGUUUUUUUAACACGUUAACUGCCUUACUGAAAUACUUAGUACUUUGACAUUUACGGCGAUACAUAUCCCCGGGGAUAUGUUACCUUAAUUACUCAUAUGCGUUACGUAUCCCCGGAGAUAGCAAGUAAACAAAAAUCCACGAGGAAAAUAAAACUCAUGUAGCUGGCUGUAUACCAUAAAUCACAAAAAUACUAAAUCCUUUGUAAAAGGUAUAUUUAAAGGUGGGAAAAUCCCUUCUAAAUAAGGAUUACAUUAUAUCACAACGUUUUCGGAUUAAAAAAUCCAUCAUCAGUGUUAAAAAGUCAAUAGUGUGCAUGCCUGAGUCACCAAAAUGUUUUGGGUAAAAACCCUUUAAAUGUUGAAAAGUAUUAUAAUUUACUACAUAUUUUUAAUAAAAUUUUGUGAUGUUGCAAAUAUUCCUGGAUAUUACCCAUGGCAACACAGGACUCGUCCUACGUGGCUGGAAUGUAAGAAUAAUUGAAACCUCACAUAUUGGAGUUGAAAGGCAAAUUUUGUGGUGUUACAAAUAUUCCUGGAUAUUAUCCAGGACACCACAUGACUCUUCCCACGUGGUUGGAAUGUAAGGAGGAUUGAAACCUCACAUUCCAAAGAGUUUGGGUCCAAACUCUUUGGAAUGGUGAGUCCAAAGGGAAGAGUCCUUUGUUGCCUCAGGUAUAUUGGAGUUGAAAGACAACUUAAAUAUAUGAGGUUUCAAAGGUUCCAACCACGUGUUGCCCUGGAUAAUAUCCAGGAAUAUUUGCAACAUCACAAAAUUUUAUUAACAAUAUGUAUGUAGUAAAUUAUUAUAAAAAACAAAAUGUCGAAACCCAAAAGACUCCCAUUUUCAAACAAAUAAAUGUUUAAAAAUAAAAUCUUUGGAUUUCUUAGUUCGUAAACAGAUUCUCUCUGAUACCUAUUCCCAUCCUUCUAAAAAUUGCAAGGAAAAGGGUGAUGAAUGUAUAGACAUGGGGAGUCUACAUAGUUGCACUCCACAACAUAUCAAUUCACCGAGGUAAAGAUCAACAAAUCUGCUUCCUGCUACUCGAUACGUGAGUAAAACCGUGGGUAGAUAAAAGGCAUUAUAUUUAAUUUCGACUCAGAGAUCAUUACCAUCUUUCUAUGGACCAUUUCGAACUCUUUUGUUCUCAUCAGGAAAGCAACUGUAAUGAUGCUUUGAAUCGAAAAAUAAAUACCUUUGCCAUGCAUGCCAAUUACAAAAUAUAAUUAACAUUAAGACGCUAUAGCGACCUCUAUUAACGUAAUGUCGAAACCCAAAAGACUCCAUUUUCAAACAAAUAAAUGUUUAAAAAUAAUAAAAUCUUUGAAUUUCUUAGUUCGGAAACAGAUUCUCUAAAUUAUAAUACUUUUCCACAUUUAAAGGGUAUUUACGCAAAACAUUUUGGUGGCUCAGGCAUGCACACCAUUGGCUUUUUAACACAUGAUGAAUUUUUUAAUCCGAAAGCGUUCUGUGAUGUAAUGUAACCCUUAUUUGGGGACUUUUAAAUAUACCUUUUACAAAGGAUCUAGUAUUUUUAUGCAAGUAAAUCUUUACUUAAGAUUUCUCUUUGAUCUGAUGGUAAUGUUUUCUUUGAAAUGUGUGUAGAACAUCUACCAAUCGUUUUCUGAGCUUUUGUUUCAUUUGAGUUGAGUUUCAUUUGUUAACAUAUUUUAUACUACGUUCACUACCAAGGUAAGCUCCAAGUCACACUGAUCAGUGAGUGUCGUGUCAUUUAAAAUUAAUUUCUAGCCAAUGACAAGUUAUGACGACACGACAAACUCACCAAUCAGUGGGAUCUCUAGCUUAGUUUAGGAAUGAACUAGUAUAGAUAGACAAUUCAUCGAGUAUUAUUUCACAUAAAACAUUUCGAAACUGAAAUAUUUUUAACAGUUUUCUUAACAAAAAUAUACCGAUUAUGAAAGGACAUCGCACACAUAUGGAAAAUAUUAUGUCACUCAAAUUCAAUAAAAUUUAGAUUUAUAGAUUCGUUUCCAAAUUACAAUAAUUGCGCCAACUCUGAUUCAAUUCUAAUUCAACACAUUUUUGAAGUUCAUAAAAUUGUCAUUCAUAAAUACUUUUGGUCUAGUUGCUAUUGAAAACAACUUAACCGACAUUGAUCUAAGCCGACUAGACGAACUAUACAGGGUGUCCCCGAAAAUAGUGCGUUCCUUUAAGGUAUGAAUAUAAUACACAAUGUAGAACAAAAAAGUCCUAUAACAUUUUUUUCUAAAGUUAACCGUUUCAAAAAAAAAUUACAUUGUUCUCCAUAUAAGCGAACUUUUAUUUUCAUAAAAUUUAAAAAUUUGGCAUCACUGUACAAGAACUGUUAGUGAUUUUGGUUAUUGACACCAGAAAAAUGUAGGUCAGACAGGUACACCUGCAAAAUAAUUAUACCACCCCAUGUUUGAAAAUAACAAAACAAGAAUUUGUUUGUUUGUUUAGGAUGAAGACAGGGUUUAAUGUAAAUAGUAAAGGCUAAUACUGCAACUAUUUUUGAAUUGUGAUUGUCUAUGUUUAGAUUUUUGUAUACAUAGUUGUCAGAUUUCAAUUUGCACACCAAAAUAUAUUUUGGUUUUUUGUCCAAACGGUUGAAUUUAGAAAAAAAAAUGGUGUAUUACAGGCGGGUUUGCCAUAUUUUGACCAUUCUGUGAAUUAUCCUAAAUAAAUCCUUUUCUAUUCCACAACAGUUAACAGCGAUAAUCCUCUACAAGUGCCUGCCUAAUACUACCAUUCACGGACGCUGCCGUGAAGGAGCGGCAACGUUGUCAAGAAACUCUUAUUUCGUUUGCAUUGCACUAUAUUCCGUACACUGCAUCGCAUGUCUGAAAUAUACUGUACUUUAUUAUCUCUAAGAUAAGAGUAAGCCUCUACCUUAAUACUUACAGAAAAAUUUAUGAACUGCCUAAACACAAAAUUUAUUUGCUCCCUUUAACUCACGUAGGUACAUACACAUUUGAUUUUAAAUUUACGACGUUAUUAAUUAAAAUUCAGACUUGCGCAAUGCUAUGAAAUUAUUGUAAUUUCGAGUGGAAUCUAUUCCUGUAAAUUUUAUUGUAUUUGAGUGACAUUAUAUUUUCCAUAAUAUGUGUGGGGUGUCCUUUGUUAAGAGAGUUAUUGAUAAUUAAGUGCCAACAGAUUCAAAUUGGAAUAUCCCGGGGAUCUGUAAAGCAGUUAUCGUGUUAAUUAUUAUUUUUUAUUUGUUUUUAUUAUUAAGUCGCGUUUUAGUAUUUUAGGAAUUCGUUCGUUCUAAGCGUAAAAGAAAAUAUUUCAGUUGUUAUCAACCCUUUUUGACCAAAAUUAACGAAUGAGUAAAAGUUAUUUACAUUUUACAACUAAAAUAUGUACCUAAAUUUAAUCCGUAUUAUUUUAAAUUUUCUCAUUCAUCAUUUAUGCGCCAAAUUGAACGUAAAUUUCUAUUGUUCAAAUGAGCGUAUAUUUUUUUUUUCUGAAAAACCAGUACUUUCACAUUUUUUUUUUUAAAUUCUGGUCGAGUUUUCUUAAUCUCUAUUCGAAUUAUAUGAGAUUCUGAGUUUUAAGCUCAAAGCUCUUUAUUGUUGCUGUUAUAUUUUAGUCUAUCUAGUUAAGUGUCUUUUAAACAAUAUUUGUUAUUGUGUUCUUGUAAUUUUAUUAAAAAAAUAAUAAUUUUUAGUGACAUUUUCUACAAGACACAUUAUGUGUUUAAAUAACCAUGUGUCUUGAUAAUAAUUAUAUGUAUUUAUUUAUUUGUAUCCAAAUUUUAUUUAUAGAACUGUGGUAUUCUUACAUGAAUUUUGAAUAUAAUGGACCAUUUCUGUAAAGCUGCUCUUCUGCAUAAUACAAUGGAAUCAAUACUAUGCUCUCUCACCAAACAAAUCGCAAUUUGAGGUCCACUUUUGUUAUAAAUAUCGUCUGUUCCAAGGUUGUCAUUAUUUGAGCAACGUUAUACAGACUGUCAAAAACAUUUCUUGACAGGUUUUAUUUGUAAUGACUUCUAAUCGAUAAAAUUUUAAGAAUAUGUUAUUUCUUUGUAAUUGUAUGACAUAGUAUCUCUGAACUCUUGAGUUUGAUAUUUUUGUCUUCUUCAGCUUUUCCCUUUUUUAGGGGCCUCUAUUCCUUACCCUUCGUCAUCAUUCAUUUCUAUCCAUCGUGUCUUCCUUCGCCAUAAUCAUACCAUAGCUUUCAUAUUGUAGAAUAGUUUGUUUUCUACAAGCUUUUUCCUAACCCAGUUUAAAUCUGUAAAUCUUUAUCAUACAUCAGUUCUUAGUUUAUAUAUUUUUUAAUUCUCUCCUAGUUCUUUAUUUUUCCAUUUUCUGAUUUUAAAUUUUCUAUUAUUAUUUUCAACAUCCUUUUUCCUUCUGGUUUUAGGUCUACCGUUUUUCUUUGUUCCUCCAAUUCCAGUAACUGUAAUAUAUAGGGUGGAAGGCACUUCCGGAACAAAAUUAUUUCUAUCCUUGUGUUAAAAAUUUUUAAAAAGCGCUAAGACCCGUCCUUUUUAAAUAUACAUAUAAACUUUUUAAACCAAAAUUUGAAUGUACAGGGUGAUUCACGCAAGCCUAGCAUAGUCCAUAAGCUUUAUUUUUAAUGGAACACCCUAUAUAUUUUUAGAUUUUUAAAAUCUGCUUAACAACCUGAUUUCAACGAACCUUAUCAUGUAUUGUGUAUUAUGAAUAAUACAGGGUGAAAUUUUGAACUUAGUGUGGACACCACUUAUGGAAUAAAAUUGUUUGUGUCCUUAUUUCAGGAAAUUAUAAAAAACGGUAGGAUAUUUCAACUUUUAAAUUCAAAUAUGCAUUGUGUAAAUAUAAAUUUAAAUAUACAGGGUGAUUCACACAAGUCUAGUAUAGUCCAUGAUCUUUAAUUGCAAUGAAACACCCUGUAUAUUUUUGUUUUUAGAAUCUUCUAAACAACGUCACAUCAAAAAAGUGUAUCCUGUAGGUAUGUAUAAUUUUCGUCAAGAUAUUAAAUAUGUACUUACAUAAAAUUUUGAAGUUAAUAAAAUUUAUCAUACUUUAAUAAUGAUUAUUUUUUAAAUUAGCUCAAUACAUACAUUUUCUAAAUUAAAUAUAAAUCAAAAUGUAGUAUAAAGUGGUAUAAAUAAAACAAAAGGGUUUUGUAUUUAAUGUCUUGACGAAAUUUAUAAGUAAUUUCAAAAUUCACCAUGUAUUAUUCAUAACGAACCCUACAUAAUACACUUUUUUGAUAUAAGGUUGUGAAGUAGCUUCUAAGAACAUAAAAUAUACAGUGUGAUCCAUUAACACUAGGGAUCAUGGACUAUGCUGUACUUGCGUGAAUCACCCUGUAUAUUUAAAUUUAUGUUUGUAAAGCGCCCAUUUGAAUUUAAAAGUUGACAUGUCCCAGCAUUUUUUAUAAUUUUCUAAAAUAAGGACAUAAACAAUUUUAUUCCAUAACAUGUUUGCAUACUUAAUAAUUUUAAAAUUUCACCCUGUAUUAUUCAUAUCAUAAUACACGCAACAUGAUAUAGUUUGUUGAAAUCAGGUCAUUAAGCAGGUUUUAAAAAUAUACAGGGUGUUCUAUUAAAACUAAAGCUUAUGGACUCUGCUAGACUACAUGAAUCACUCUGUACAUUUAUGUUUAUGUUUAAAAAGUGCAAAUUUUUAUUUAAAAAUCGACGGGUCUCAGCGUUUUUUAUAAUUUUUUUGAAACAAGGACAGAUAUAAUUUUAUUCCAUAAGUGCCUUCCACACUGUAUAUAUUUUAAUAUCUUUUUUAUACUCUGCCUCCAUGUUUAAUAUGAGUAUUUUUGCGUUAGUGUUGUAUCAUAUUUCAAUAUGUGGGUUUUAGGUAUUCAGCAAAAUGGUUCGGGUCUGGGUUUUUCUUCAUUUAUAUAUUCUUUAUCUAUUUUAGCUUUUAGCUUAUUUUUCCUAGUCUUGCUUAGAAUGCUAGGCACGGGUGUUUUCAUUUCUAUAUGAGUCCUGAUUACAAUAAUAAUAUUGAACAGUAGCGGUGACUGUCACUUGUCCCACUUUUCACCGACUUUGCUUUUCGGUUUCUUUACCUUCUAUCGUAGCUUGACAAGUCAUUCUUAUUGACUUUUUACUGAUUCGCAUUUUGUUUGGUGUCUUUUAUUUCUUUUCACUCUGUCGAGCUUAUUUGAAUUCAAUGAAUAGGGUUACCGAGAGAAACUCGGUAUUUAUCUAUAAUUACCUUCGGCAAAUUUUCUACAUUGCUGUCUAUAGGUUUUUACUACCUAACUUUAGCCAUUUAUUAUUCUUACAUUGCAAUUUUUAAUUAAGUGCCCUGAAAUUUGCCACUUAUGUUUUCAUAUUAUAAACAUUAAAAUAAAAAUCAUAUCUGAAUAUUUGUAAUAGAUGUUAAGAAACAAUAUUAUUUUUUUCAAAAAAUACUUCCUGAGUGGGAGUAUUGGUUUUUCGAAUAAUAAAUUAACCUUUGUUAUAAAUUAGUAACAACCACUAGCUUAAUGAAGUCCUAGUAGUAAUACUAAUUCAACUCUUCAUUAUUAAACAAAAUAUGUACCUAUAAAGUGAUUCAUUUGACAAAAACGCUAUAUAAAUUACUUAAAUUAAUGUUUUUGUUUGUACAAUUAUUAUAAUUUUGUUAAUUUUGCAGUUCUUUAAAAGUUUUUGCAUGCUGGACUAGAGCUGUCGUUCGUGAAGAGUACUAUAAGGAAGUACUUUACCGACAACAUCUGACUAGUAAUUCCUUAUUGCACAGUAUUUAGUUUUAUGGCUGUUCAUGUGUUCAAUAAUACCUCAGUAUUUUAAAUAUCAGUUCCUCUGGAAAUACUUUCUAGAAUUACAUCCAUUUAAGUUCUUUUGGUUUAGUCUAACAAGUUAUCUAAUGGAUUCAUAUUUAGUUCAGCGGGAUGCUAUUGUUGGAGGUGUGAAAUUAUAUGAACAAGGAAUCAUUGCAUAAAACAGGUAGAUUCCUUGUUUAUGGAAUUUCACACAGCGAACAAUAUAGCACCCCGCUCAGCUAAAUAAUAAAUAAUCAGUCUCUUGCUUGUUAGACUUUUAAUUCAGUCAAUUUGUACUCUAGGAGCCCCCUAAUGGGAAAGUUUUGGGGUAGUUCUGAUUUUUUUCAUUCUAUACUUAUUUUGGGGCGCUGAAUCCAAAUAUGAGGUUCGCGGACAAAAUUUCGUGACGCAACAUUGAAAAAAGCGAAAAAUGUCUGCUUUUUCCCGCUUAUUUGCUUAAAUCUCGAAAACCAUUAACUUUUAAUAAAUGGUCUGUUAACAGAAAUUAAAGUGCUUAAAAUUAUCUGCAAAUAUCACUAUUUAGUUUUUUUUUUCAGACGAACCGUUUUGUCUAAAGUGCGAGUUGAAAAUUGGCAAUUUUUAACGGUCUCUGCAAAACCGACCUUUUACAUUCCAAAACUUUAUUUUUUAUUGUAAUCCUGUCAUUUGAUACAUUUCUCCUAGUUUUUUGUAUACAUAAUUAAAAAGAAAAAAAAAAGUCAAAAUUGUACAAAUUCAGUAUUAAAAAAGGUAUGACUCUAACAAAUUGAUUACCACAAAUUAAAAUAUAUAAUAAAAAAAAUAUAAUAUAAUAAUAUGUUGUACUAAAAAAAUAAUAUUGUAGUACUUACGUUAUGAAUUAAAAAAUUUAUGACUAUGAAUAUGCAAUCAAUCACAAACAAGUCUGGCUAAUUGGCUCUGCCAAAGCCAUUUUUCAAGCAGAAAAAAAUGACUAACAAAAUAAAACUUAAAAUAUCGUGAUUAUGAAUAUUACAAAUUAUAAUACAAAAUGUUGUAUAAUUAUAAUACACAAUUAUAUGAGCCGUUGUCUUUUAGAAGGCCCUGGCUGUGGUUCUCCGGUGGCGUUGGGUCCCGAUACCUAUUCUGCUUGUUCUGGAAAAUAAAAGAGGUGGUGUCAGUUCUAAGGGAGAGCUGAGGAUGGCAACAUAGAUUGUGAGAUUAAACAUACAAGAAGUGGUGAGAUACUGACUUGUGAUCAUAUAUCAAAGAGACGUGAAUGAAUACAAAAUAACUUGUGAGAUUCUACAUACCUCUGUCUCUUUCUUCAGUCUCUUCUACGUCUAUGCCAGACGGGGCUCAGCGUUGUCACACAGUCCUUCGCAUGAUGUGCAAAUUGGGGAACAAUGGAAGCCCGCCUUCUUGCAUCCACAAUUGCGUUGGCAGCCCUUUUUACAUUUACAUGAAAUAUACCGGCGUAUUGAGUUUGCUGCAGGGUCCAAAGUGGUUGGCACUGGCUCGAGACCACUAGUAGUUUUUUUUCCACCCCACUCACUUGGAUAUUUUUGUUGCUCGUCAGGUGUGGCUUGAUAUAAGGAUAACCACUGCUGCACCUGAUAGUAAACUCUCAGUGAAUGUUCUCGUGCAGCAGCUUCGAUAGGGGGUAAUGAGGCAAUGUUGGUCUUAUUUUUGUAUGAUGAAGAUACGCAUUGUCUGUAUCUCAAAUCGUUCAGACUGGUCUCUUUUUCCAUAUAGAGCCAUGAAAAACAUGUUUCAUGCUGUGGCAAUCUCAUCUUGAUGUGCAUUAAGGUAUUUGAAAGUCUCCGUGGUUGGUUGCAAGUCUGUGUUCUUCUGUAGGACUUUAAAAAAUUUCAGUUUCCCCUGAUUAAACAAUGCAGAAGAAGUAUCACAACCACUAGUCGCAUGUAUACCCUAUUCCACGAACAUACGCCUGUUUUGGAUUACUUCGACAGCGAAUAUUUUACUGUGCAAAAUAAGAAGAACGAAAGUAAAUUGCAAAUUACAUUGUUGUUUAUUGGAAUAAUUAUUAGCGCCAUUUACUUUCGUACUUCUUAUGUUGCACAGUAAAAUAUUCGUUGUCGAAGUAACCCAAAAGAGGCGUAUGUUCGUGGAAUGGCCCAUAGUAAUAUAAGGUCCAUGAGGAUUUUCUCAGCAGCCAGGUGAGGGUUAUAUAAGCUUUGCGAAGCCUUUCCCUUUUCUGGUUUCAGAAAAAAUACAUUUUUUGUAUUAGGGUUACACAGGCCAAUCAAAAUGACCAGAAGGUCGAUAUCUUCCCCCACCACUGUUAUAUGUUCAUUUGACGGCGACAUCUCAAGAGCUGUUGUGAUAAUUAGGAUACCAGCAUCCUUUACAGAUUGUUUUGAAUCCAUUUUUGCAUCAUAAAGUUUCUCAAUUAACAUAUAAAUUAUAUCAACAGGCUUUUGUCUUAUUCCAAAAUAUAAUGUUAACUCGUUUCCAUGACAACCAUUCUUUUUUUUUUUAAAUAGACGAAUAAGUUUUUAACAUUUCUCCCGCCUAAAAAGUGGGUUUUGCAGGGACCGCUGAAAAUUACCCAUUUUCAACUCGCACUUCAGACCGAACGGCUCGUCUGAAAAAAAAACUAAAUAGUGGCAUUUGUAGAGAAUUUUAAGCACUUUAAUUUCUGUAAACCGACCAUUUACUAAAAGUUAAAUAUCGAGAUUUAAGCAAAAAAGCGGGAAAAGCAGAAAUUUUUCUCUUUUUUCGCGAUUUUUUUCAUGUUGCGUCACGAAAUUUUGUCCGCAAACCUCAUAUUCGGAUGAUAUUGUUUAAAAACAUUAAUAUUGUUGAUAUAAAAUGUUAAUAAAUUUUAUUUUUUGUUAUAAGAAUCAAAGGUAAAUAUGAUUAGGCGAAUGAAGCCUUAGGUUUCGCAGUCAAUAUCCCAACCACACACACACACUCAUAUUCGGAUUCAGCACCCCAAAAUACAUGGAAUGAAAGAAAUCAGAACUACCCCAAAACUUUCCUAGUCAAAAACACAAUUUCACUGAAUUAUUUACCUUUAUAUUGUUUAAUUAUUUAAAAUAAAGUACCUAAUUUCCGUCUGUGUUUUACCUAUGUAUAUAGACAGCUCUUUGUCUAAUUUGACGCUUCUGUUAAUUUAUUUCGAUGUGUACAAAACUGUUAUUGUUUUUGCAAAAAUUUUUAUUGGGACUGUAUUAUAAUUUUAGUUUUAAAAGACGCAAAAUUUUUAUUUCUGUAGGUAUUUGCACAUAAUAAAUUUUUUUUAUUUUAA